AUGGAUAUCAGGACCCAAUUCAAUAAAAUAAAUACUGGUCAAAAAGCUUGGCUUGAAGCUUUUGAGAAAGUUUACAGUGACUCAGUAACCGCCAUGAAAAGAGAGAAGUUAACAAUGAAGAUUGCAAUGUUACCUAUCCACACAGAUAAAAAUAGAUAUAAUAAUGUUUCACCUUAUGAUCAGAAUAGAGUUAUUCUGGAGAAGAAGAACAACGUCAACACCGACUACAUUAACGCUUCACCGGUUGCUGUUUCCCAAGCUUCUAGGAAUUAUAUUUUGUCUCAGGGUCCUGUUCCUGAUUCUCUGACCGAUUUUUGGCAAAUGGUUUUUGAAAAUAAUGUGCCAUGUAUUGUGAUGCUUAAUCGUCUUUAUGAAGGGAGAUCUUUGAAGUGUGAAAUGUAUUAUCCUAAUAAGGACAAGAAGGAAGUUUGUUUCAAGAAUUAUACCAUCACCCUUCUGAGUGAAGAAGAAAAAGAAUAUUUUGUCGUACGCAAGUUGAAAGCUAACGAUGGAGAGAAAACCAUGGAAUUGUUUCAAAUUCAAUAUACUGAAUGGCCAGAUUUCGGAGUACCGGAGUCAACUGCAGCAUUCUUGGAUAUGUUAAAUUAUAUCAAAGGCUUGAACGUUCUGAGUAUUGAAGAUUCGGAUCCUCCUACAAUUGUUCACUGCUCGGCAGGUAUUGGAAGAUCAGGAACUUUCGUUUUAGUUGAUUCUGUUUUGAGAAUGAUUGAGCUUGGUGUACCUCAGUCAGAGAUAUCCGUACAUGAUUUACUAAUUGAUAUGCGUUGUCAAAGGUUUGGUUUAGUCCAAACUGGCCAGCAACUUCGGUUCGCUUGGCAAGCUAUUGUCGACGGAUCAUCUGAAAAGUUAGUAAAAGAAUCAAUUAAUCCUGCCGUGGAUCCUACAGCUCAAGAUGUAUGUAAGAAGCGUCGUUCUGAAUCUCAAGAAGACCCGGAGGACCGACUGAGUAAACGAAGGGAAGUCAUAUCGCAGAUGGUUGCGAAAAGUCGAGCAGCAGAGGCUAAGCGGCAAUCUACGGGUUCUCUUGUACAAGCUGUUUUUAUGGGUGGUGCCGUUGCAGUAUCAGCAGUGUUGGCAUAUUAUUUUUACAACAAAAAGUAG